GACCUCCUUACCAUGCAUCUGCCAACCAUCUGUGUAGUUAUUGUUUUCUUGGGUAAAUCAGGAUUUCACCGGUUGAUCGCGCAGGUUUUGUAUCCGUCAACUUUUACACGUUCUGUUGUCCGUUGAUAAAAUGGCCGAAAUCGGUUUGGGCACAGCAAGAAGAGUUCAUGAAAUUGAAAGAUGAAGAUGGCGAUGAUGGGAUGGGAAAGACGUUCAUGUGAUGAUGUAGUAUUUCAGAACUAGAAGGAUUUUCUGGGGUCUUGUGCAGUGAACACGCCAGAAACUUGAAAAAAGGAACAUCCAAAGUUGACACGUUUUUCAUUAUGGGCUUGGAAAAAAGGUGCAGGCUUAUUUUCGGCUCAGUUCUUGUAGUGACAGUUGUUGUGGUGAUUUAUUUUGGAUACUACGGAUGCAGUGGUAUCAAUCAGUUUGAAUGUUCUCGUUUUAACACCAGUCCAAGUCCAUAUAUAAAGCAGAGACUGAAUCAAAGAGACAACACCAGCGUAUCGGGUAGCCGUACUUACACGGAAAAAAAGUAUCCCGACACUUCUGUCAGUACAGGACUGGAAGCAGAGGGUGACAUUAAAUUUCAAGAAGAUGAUUUGUAUCGUGAAUAUGACUUGGAUCUGGAAGAUGUGGAUGUUAUAGUUUUUGUGCACAUACAAAAAACUGGGGGCACGACAUUUGGAAGGCAUCUUGUAAAAAACCUGGAUGUAGAGCCACCAUGCAAGUGUUACCGUGGUCGGAAAAAAUGUGACUGCUAUACGAAAGGGAGAAAAAUCUGGCUGUUAAGUAGGUUCUCCACAGGCUGGGUGUGUGGUCUCCACGCUGAUUGGACGGAGUUGACAAGCUGUGUUGGCUCUGUCUUGGACAAACUGGAGAAGAAUCACAGGAAACGAAAGUACCAUUUCAUCACAUUGCUACGUCAGCCAGUGUACCGUUACAUCAGCGAAUGGAAACAUGUGCAGCGUGGCGCUACAUGGAAAAGCGCGCGACUCGAGUGCAAUGGCCGUAAAGCUACCUUGAGAGAAGUUCCAUUUUGCUACGAGGGAGAAGACUGGAGGUCCGUGGAGUUGGACGAGUUCAUGGCCUGUCCGCAUAACCUGGCAAAUAAUCGGCAAACGCGAAUGCUAGCCAACCUCAGUCUAGUCAACUGCUACAACCACUCCAACAUCCCGGAACAGACGUACAAGAAAAUCUUGCUAGAAAGUGCCAAAGAAAAUCUUAAAAAUAUGGCAUUUAUUGGGCUGUUGGAAUACCAGAACUAUACCCAGCGUCUUUUCGAGCAUACUUUUAACUUGGAGUUCAUAGAUGACUUUGAGCAGUAUCACAAGACACACUCUGGGAAAGCUACAAAAUUUAUCUCUGAAGAACAGUUCAAAAAAAUUCAAGAGUUAAAUGAUCUGGAUGCAAAACUGUAUCAGUUUGCAAAAGAACUAUUUUUCCAAAGACUGGGAGCAAUGGAAGCAGAGAAUGGGGCUUCUAAUGCUACUAUUACUGACUUGCUGCAACACACAGAUGGGGAUAGUGUCGAAUAUUACGACGAUUACACAGAGGAUGGUGAUGAAGAAGAGGAAGAGGAGGAUCCUGUUGCUAAAGAUAAGAAUGAACUGAAUUCCUUUCUCAGAGAUAUGAACGGUAGCUAAUAGUGAACGACUGAAAAGGAUUUCAAAUACCAAAAAUUUUGGUAAAAAUUUAAAUGUUUAAAUAUUUUUACUUAUCAGCUUGUGAAUAUUUGUAAGUUUUGCUUGUGUGACUUGGCUUUACAUUCGGUCUCAGCGGCUACAAAACUACUGCAUCUAUGUUAUUGUUACAGUAUCCCUUUACUCCAAAACUUACCUGUAUUUAAGAGUGAACUGUAUAUGAACGCAAGCCAAAGUAUAUGAAAUUGAAGUGACCAAGGUUUUUUAUAGUUUCAUCCACAUCAUGAUCUUUAAAUAUCAUCUUAUCAAAUCCAGGACACAUUUUUUUUUGCAUAGGAUUCUAAUAUCUGUCAUAGUAAGGCCACUUUUAAUCGAAUGAUUGUUUCUCAUGACAAGUUUCUACAAAUCACAGAUGUUACCAGCAAGUAUCAG